AGUUUAUUGAGUGAGCAUUCGUUGACUUUAAUUGCAUUGACAACCUAAGUUUGCUCUUGGUUAGUGGUUUGAUUGAGCGUCUCAGAUGUGGGAAAAUAGUCUUAUCUGAUGCAUUUUAUCUACAUUGUUCUUCUGAGAUAAAUUUUGCUCGGGAAGGCCAUUAGACAUGUCGAAUGUUCCCACGAUUACGUAUGUUUAAUCUUCGUGGCAUUUUCUUCUAUAAAAUUUAUAUUGUUGAAUGAUGAUGAAUUGCUUGUUAUUAUGUUUAAACAUUUAAAAAUGUUUGUCUACAAAUGUGAGGUCAACAACAGUGUCUUGGACAACAUGAAUUCAUUGAGGUACCGAAAGAUGCAUUGUACAACCUGGCUAUGUCGUCCGUAUGAUCUUUUUUCUCUUCCACGUGAUAUCUGCCAAGGCUAGUAAGAAUCGUCAGAACGCUGCUGACAUCGACGUCACUCACAGUCUGCUGCGUGGGCAAUGCAUUAGCUGAUUAGGCCUCCACUAAGGAUGAAUUUAUUCGUUCUGUUGUUAAGCGCGUUUGCGCUACUGGCCGCACCGUGUCGCUCCUAUCUAACAGUGCUACAGAGCGACGAAGGCUUCUCUGUGGCAUAUCAGGGACGCCUGAUCUUGGAGCACACGAUCAGUGCUCCAGUUUUGACGGUGGGCUCUGGCAACACGAGUUUCGAACAAAUCAGCGGCAACUUUGCCAUCGAAGAAAACGUAUCUACAGCCAUCGGUCUCGGCAGCUUCGCGGUUGUGAAUGAGAGUGACACGUUCGUACAGAUCGUCCUAACUUCCAACACUGCGCCGGAUCUACAGGCAACUAUCAACUUGCUAGUGGCGUCAGGAGCAUCAAACGGAUCGGAGUUUGAUACUGUGAUUGUUCAAGCGGCAGCAAUCCAUCCGCUUCUAGAAAAGAUCAACAGGCUAUGGUUGAAAAUCUAUGCUGAAAAAAGCGAAAAAAUUUUCGGAGGCGGAGAGCAGUACACAUAUUUUAACCUACGUGGUCGCGACUACCCAAUCUGGACCAGAGAACAAGGUGUUGGACGAGGUGACGGUGUGGUUGCGAAUGUAAGUAACUCAGUGGCAGACGCCGGAGGCUCUUACCACACUACUUACUGGCCUCAGUCCAGCUUCUUCUCAUCAAGACUUUACACAGCAUUGAUCUGGAACAACAAUUAUAUGGUGCUGAACUUUACGGCUACUGAUUACCACGAAGUGUUCGUCCACUCGGCAUCGCUCACCCUUGAGCUGGACUAUGACAACACAGCUCUCGGUCUCGUACAGAAGGUGUACAAGAGGGCAGGGACUCAACCUCCUCUGCCUGACUGGGUACUUGGAGGAGCCAUACUGGGACUUGAGGAUGGUACUGAAGAGGCGCUCUACUACUACAACUUAGCAAAGGAGGCCGGAGUGAACGUGAGCGCCCUCUGGCUGCAGGAUUGGUCAGGGUACAUCCAGACAGCUUUUGGCCACAGGGUCUACUGGAAUUGGGCCUGGAAUAGUACCUUCUAUCCAGGCCUGGAUGAGGUGGUACAGGAGUUGGCUACAGAUGGCGUGCGUGUGACGGUCUACUGCAAUCCACAUCUAAUUCAAGGCAGCCCCAUGUUCGAGGAGGCCGCGGCUGCCGGUCACCUCAUGCGUGACCGGGAUGGCCAAAUUUUCCUUUUGGACUUCGGAGGUUUCUACGGUGGCACCGUCGACGUUCACUACACCCCCUCUGCGAAUUGGUAUGCUGCACGUCUCAGUACCAACAUUUUUGGCUUGGGGUUUCCUGGCUACAUGGCCGACUUCGGCGAGUACACGGACAUAAAUAUGGUCUCCAGGAACACGGAGCUAAACGCUGAGGAGACACACAACUAUUUUCCCGUAGCCUGGGCAAAAGUUAACAGGCUAGCAGUACAGGCGGCUGGGCUGGAGGGCGAGGCAGUUUACUGGAUGCGUUCAGGAGCUCUGGGCGCCGGCGCUGCUCAGACGCUUGCCUGGGCCGGGGACCAGGACGUUGACUUCUCUACCACCGACGGGGUCGCUACCACCAUCGUGGCUGCGCUGUCUCUGGGCCUCAGCGGCAUGGGCUUCACUCAUUUCGACAUCGGGGGCUACACAACGCAACCUCCCAUGGUGCGCACGCAGGAACUCUUCCUCAGAUCUGCUGAGUACGCUGUUUUCACGCCGGUUAUGAGAACUCAUCUCGGUAACAAGCCUGACGCCAACCACCAGUUCUACAGCAGCAACGACACCCUCACUCAAUUCGCCAGACUCACACAGAUUCACGCGCGUCUGAAGCCCUAUACUGCAGCCUUCGUCAAGGAGACUAGCCUAUUAGGUAUCCCGCUGCAAAGACCACUGUUCUUGCACUACGAGUCAGAAUCGCAAGCCUGGAACACGCAAGAGGAAUAUCUGUACGGACGGGACUUGCUCGUGGCUCCAGUCCUGCAUAGAGGACAGGACUCAGUGGACGUGUACCUGCCUAGGGAUGAGUGGGUUCACCUGUUUGCCGUGACCGCAGCUAUAGUCGGUCCCGCGUCUCUCACCAUCGACGCUCCCAUGGGCUACCCGCCUGUCUUCUACAGGCGUGACUCAGAAUUCGCCGACCUUUUCCGUUCAAUUACUGACGAGUUUGGACUGCCAUGAUUUUACAUAAUUACUAAUGAAUUUAUAUGUUCUAAAUACGGGACCUUUAAUCAUUUCAAGCCGCCAACGAAAAGACGUUUAGAUUUCGUAAAUAACUGAUCACUGUUUGGUUCCUCACAAAGUAAUAACAUAUGCUGAAAGUAAUCAAAAUCAAUGAUAGGAAAUGAACGAUAAUUUUGUAACAAAUAUCAAAUCAAAUUAAAGUUUAUAAAGUGAAA